GAGGAAGUGGGGGCACCUGGCCCCACCAUGGGGCAACCUCAACGGCCUCGAGGCAGGGGGGUUAUAAGAGGGGCAAGGGGAUUCCAAGAGCAGAGUCACUGCUGCCCCAGCCCAAUCAUGACCCAGAGCUGCAGACCCUCCAGCCCUGCCCUGGCCCCGGUCCUACUGACCCUGCUGCUGGGCGGCCCCGCGCUGGCCUCGGAAAUCGUGGGGGGCCGGCCGGCCAGGCCACAUGCAUGGCCCUUCAUGGCGUCCCUGCAGCGGCGCGGAAGCCACUUCUGCGGCGGCACCCUCAUAGCGCGGAACUUCGUCCUGUCGGCCGCGCACUGUCUGAACGGCUUAAACUUUCGGUCCGUGCGCGUGGUUCUGGGGGCACACAACCUGCGACGGGGCGAGUCCACCAGGCAGAAGUUCAGAAUCCAGCGGGUCUUUGAAAACGGCUUCGACCCCAUGACCCUGCGGAACGACAUUGUGGUUCUCCAGCUCAACAGAUUUGCCUUCAUCAAUAGCAACGUGCAGGUGGCCCAGCUACCUGCUCAGGACCAAGGCGUGGGGGAAGGGGUGCGAUGUCUGGCCAUGGGCUGGGGCCAGCUGGGCACGAACCGGCCACCGCCCCGAGUCCUGCAGCAGCUCAAUGUGACUGUGGUGACAGCCCUCUGCCGCCCCACCAAUGUGUGCACCCUGGUACCAGGCCGGCAGGCUGGCAUCUGCUUUGGGGACUCCGGCGGGCCCUUGGUCUGCAAUGGGCUGGUCCAGGGGAUAGAUUCCUUCAUCCGGGGGGGCUGUGGCUCUGGGCUCUUCCCAGACACCUUUGCCUCCACCGCCAAGUUUGCAGACUGGAUCAACUCCAUUAUCCGACGCUAUGGUGAUAAUGACAGCCCGCCUCUCCACCCCAGGAUCCCUGUGGGCAGGACCCUCUAGAAAGGCGGCCCCUGUUACCCCACUCCCCCCGGCUGGGCUCUUCCCAUGCAGCAUCAUGCAGCAUCUGACACAAUAAAAACCCUGUUUUGUAGAA